CAGCCAAUGGGUGAACGGUAUGUUACGGAGUCGGACAUUUCUAAAGGAUGCAAAAGUGGGGCGUUACAGACCUACGUCCACGGUUCAGGAAAUGAUUAAUUCUCCGUUUAUUUUCCCCAUUACGUGUGUCAGAUGGGCUUUGCAGUGUUUUGUAAAGGUGGCCCGUAUCUCUAAGAAGUGAUUCAUGGUCACCUUACAGUCUCAGCAAUGAAGAAGAAGCUGUCUAAUCCAAUGCGUCCCAAGCGCAGCAGGCAGGUCACCACUAGCAAUGACUUUUCCACUGGCCCUGUGCCCUGCUCCACCGCCCCACCGAACUCUGAAACUGUCCCAGAAUCCUCCUCCUCCCCCAUCAGGCACAUGGCCAUGUCCCAGCACAGCCACAACCUCCUCAAGUUCCUGAAUGAGGACCGGACUCGACAAAGGUUCUGCGACGUGUCGGUCUCUGUCGGUGGGAAGCUUUACAGCGCCCACAAGGUGGUGUUGGCUCAUGGUAGCAGCUACUUCCACGCCGAGCUUUCAAAAAACCCUGCCACAGCGCAUGUGACUCUGGACCAUGUGGAGGACUCAGUUUUCCAACACCUGCUUGGCUUUUUGUACACCUCUGAGUGUGUUGUUGCAGAGAUGGACCUCCCGAAUCUAACUGAAGCGGCACGGUUCUUAGACAUGAUGGAUAUACUCAAGCUGCUGUGUGAGGAAGGGGACCCAGUACGUGUGGCCCAGGCUCAGGAUGAGAUAGGAGGGUCUCCUGAGGUGGAAAUGACCUCCAUCGACUCACCACCAGGUGACACAGACAUCCAGAGCCCCUGUGAUGUUUAUUGCAGGGAAAAUCCCUCGCAGGACCGCUUGUCUGAGAGCCACACUGAUGCACAGCAGGAAAUCUCAACUGAGAAAGAGAAGACAGCGGCUACUACACGCAGAUCGGUACGCAGGAGGAGAACACCCACCAAAUAUCAAAGAGACAAUGUCAUCAACACUCCGGAGGAAAAACAAAGGACUGUAGUGCAGAGAGCUAAAGAAAGAAUGGAAGAAGCAGGAAAGUUGGAGUUGGACAAACAAGCGUCUAUACUGGAGGUAGCAGAGACAGCUCAACCAGCUCAGGGGGGAGACAUAGUGGACGAGGAAGGGGAGGAAGAGGAGGGAGACAUGAAUGAAGACGUGCUCACCCGGAGUGAAGACAAGAGUGCAGGGCAGCAGGGUUCAGAGGGAGAAAGGGUGGAGCAGCAGGCGGAUGGAGAGUUGAUUCCAGUUCCAGCAGCAGCAGCAGGAAGCUCCACCAAGAGUCCAGUUUAUCCUGAAGGCCUGGCUCCAGUCAUCAUCCAAACCUCCAGCAAGAAGAUCCUCAAGUGCCCCAAAUGUGACAAGACCUUUGACCGAGCAGGGAAGUAUGAGAGUCACACCAGAGUGCACACAGGAGAGAAACCGUUCCAGUGUGACAUCUGUCUGCAGCGCUACUCCACCAAGUCCAACCUGACCUUCCACAAGAAGAAGCACGACAGUGACGCCCCCUUCCAGAAGAAGGAGCACAAAUGCCCCUUCUGUAACAAACUCCACGCCAGCAAGAAGACCCUGGCCAAGCACGUGAGGAGGUUUCAUCCAGACCACAUCCAAGAGUUUCUCACCAAGAAGAAGAGGAAGAGUGAAGGCUGGAAAUGUACUAUCUGUCAGAAGAUCUUCACCCGUAAGCCUCAUCUGCAGGAGCACAUGAUCCUCCACACGCAGGACCGGCCCUUUAAAUGCUCCUUCUGCGACGAGUACUUCAGGUCCAGGUUUGCCAGGUUGAAGCACCAAGAGAAGUACCACUUAGGUCCUUUUCCCUGUGAGAUUUGUGGGCGCCAGUUUAAUGACACCGGCAACAGAAAGAGGCACAUAGAGUGCACACAUGGAGGAAAAAGAAAGUGGACCUGCUAUGUUUGUGGGAAGUCUGUGCGGGAAAGAACAACGUUGAGAGAGCACUUGAGGAUCCACAGUGGGGAGAAACCUCACCUCUGUAGUAUCUGUGGCCAGAGUUUUCGUCAUAGCAGCUCCUACAGGCUUCAUCUCAGAGUGCACCACGACGACAAGCGCUAUGAGUGUGACGAAUGUGGGAAAACGUUCAUACGCCACGAUCACCUGACCAAACAUCAGAAAAUACACUCUGGGGAGAAGGCCCACCAAUGCGAAGAAUGUGGCAAGUGCUUCAGACGCCACGACCACCUGACGGUCCACUACAAAAGCAUUCACUUGGGAGAGAAAGUUUGGCAGAAGUAUAAAACGGCUGUGCAUCAGUGUGAGGUUUGCAAGAAAGAAUUCAAAGGAAAGUCCAGUCUUGAAAUGCACUUCAGGACACACUCAGGAGAGAAACCCCACAGAUGUCCCGAGUGUAACCAGACAUUUCGCAUAAAGAAGACCCUGACGAAGCACAUGGUGAUCCAUUCUGACGCUCGUCCUUUUAACUGCCCCCAGUGCAGCGCCACCUUUAAAAGAAAAGACAAGCUCAAGUACCACGUCGACCACGUGCACAGUGCCCGCUUCGCUGAGCAGCCCCUCUGCACUGACAAAAUAAUCUCCCUUCCUUUUGAGGAGCCUUCUAAGGGAUACCACGCCGAACCCAAGCAAGUCCUCCAGAGCACGUCUCCUCCCGCUAACGUCUGCGUACCCGUCCCUUUGGUUCCUGUGCAGAUGGCGGGAGGAGCUCAGGAUGCGUCGACUCUCUCCUCCCAAAGUCACAGUGUUGUGAGCAUGCAGGGUCAGGGGCAGCAGCAGAACUCAAGCUACCAGGCUGCUACAGAUCUGGCAUUCUUGGAAAAGUACACCCUGACUCCGCAGCCGGCCAACAUUGUCCACCCCGUGAGGGCCGAUCAGAUGCUGGACCCCCGAGAGCAGUCAUACCUCGGCACCCUGCUGGGACUGGACUCAGCUUCCUCUGUUCAGAACAUCUCCAACUCUGAUCACUCACACUGACAGACAAAAACUGGACCUUUAACUUUAGUUGAAUAACAACUGAAGCUACAGUAUUCACCGCUGAAUUACAUAAGGCAUUCAUUUUUCGUCCCUUUAAAUUAAUUACACUUAAGGCAAAAAGUGUUCUGGUAUAGCCUGCCUCAUUGUCAGCAAAAUAAAUGUAUUUGUGUGAAAUGUACAAAAAUAAGUUAAUUCAUGAAUUAAACUAGUUUUUGUUGUUGUUCCUGUUAAGUAAAAUGAUGACAAAUAUUGCUGUAACUCUAUGAAACUGGAAAGAACAGUUGUGGGAAUGUGUUUGAGAUGGCAACACACUUUAAAUGUUACAAACUCCAAGGCUGCCUCUUUCUUCAGGGUGUAAAUUUACAUUUUAGUUUUUAAAGCUGCAUGAUUUCAUUGGUCUCACAUAAAACCCUUGGUUAUCUGUCAGGUAUUAAUGUUUUUUUAAGAAAUCUGUUGAUUGGCGGACCAGAAAUAAGGAAAACUCACGUCAUUUAUGUAAUAAAAAUAUUAAUAAUUUAUUUGUUCUUACUUGUACAUCUUGCAGGAACUUAUGACCAACCACUAAAACAAAUUGGACCCAAUAAUGAAUUGCCUUACUGAAUGAAUAAAUAUACAUGAUAAUUAAAUAAAGCCACUGCGGUCAGUUUUGUAAUGCUGACUAACCUUUAAUUGUGACCUGAACAUAUAUUAUGAAUUGUGUUAUGCCUCUACAAUAUGUACGUGUAAUUGUGUGGUGCAGGGUUAACAUCAAAGAAAGUAAAGUUCUUACAACGUUCAUAUGAGGUUAGAGUUUGAUGAAGAUAAAAACUGUAAAGUGAAAUCAGUAAUGACAUCACGAGGGGUAAAUUCGGUAUUUCAGUGCUUUGGUUACAUUCAUUUUUGGUUCAAUUUCAAACAUUCUGAAACCGUGGUGGUGCUCCCCUCAAACUUUGUCUUGAUCAAUAAAAUCAGAAUUGAAAUGA